AUACUCGUCGCUUGUGUUUGGCAUAGUGUGUGUGUAUUUCUUUUUUCUUCGUAGUUUUCUAUAGAAAAUUGUAUUAUAUUUAAGUGGAAAACAUUUCAAGAGUGUUGUGAUGUCGCUAUCAAGUCUGCUGCCCACGCCGACAAACGCGGUAUGGGAUCGCGAAGACGAGCGCCGUAUGGCAGCGAAAGGAGCUCCAAUGAUUGGUGCUCUGGUGUCCGCCAAAAUUGCAGCGCCCCCUUACGGACAACGCAAGGAUUGGAUACCACGAACAGAAGCUGAUUUUGGCGAUGGUGGCGCAUUUCCCGAAAUACAUGUGGCACAAUAUCCACUAGGUCUUGGCGCGCCUGCCAAUAUGGGCAAGAAAUCGGAUGCGCUGGCAGUGCGUCUAGAUGACAAGGGCAAAGUGAAAUAUGAUGCAAUUGCACGCCAGGGACAUGGUAAAGACAAAAUUGUCUAUUCAUCCAUAUCACAACUGCUGCCCGCCGAAGUGUUGGGCGAAGAUGCCGAUGAAUUGCAGCGACCCGACGAAGAAACGGUGCUGGAGACUACGGAAGAGACGCGUCUGGCGCUCGAGAAGCUAACGAAUCAAAAGAUUACCUCUGCGCUGCCAGUGCGUCAUGCACAAAAAGCUGCGCCAGCACAAUACAUACGCUACACGCCAUCACAGCAAGGUGAUGCGUUCAAUUCGGGCGCCAAACAACGUGUGAUACGCAUGGUGGAGGCCCAACUGGAUCCGAUGGAGCCCCCAAAGUUUCGCAUCAACAAGAAGAUACCACGUGGACCGCCAUCACCGCCAGCGCCUGUGCUGCACUCGCCAUCCCGCAAGGUGACAGUGAAGGAACAGAAAGAAUGGAAGAUACCGCCCUGCAUAUCCAACUGGAAGAACGCCAAAGGUUAUACCAUACCGCUGGAUAAACGUUUGGCGGCCGAUGGACGCGGCUUGCAGCAGGUGCACAUCAACGAGAAGUUUGCCAAAAUGGCCGAGGCAUUGUACAUAGCGGAUCGCAAGGCACGUGAAGCGGUGGAGGCGCGUGCCCAGCUGGAAAAGAAGCUGGCGCAAAAGGAAAAGGAGAAAAAGGAGGAUAUGUUGCGCAUGAUGGCGCAACGGGCGCGUGAAGAGCGUGCUGGUCUGCGCAAUCCUGAGGCGGAUGCACCAAGCAGCUCGUCGGGUGGUGCUGGUGGUGGUAUUGAUGUGCGGGAACGCAACGAUUUGCGUGCGGAACGGCAAAGGGAACGACAACGUGAUCGCAAUCUACAACGUGCCGCGCCAGAGAAGCGCACCAAACUGCAACGGGAACGCGAACGCGAUAUAUCCGAACAGAUUGCUCUGGGUUUGCCCGCCAAGAGUGCGGGCAACGGCGAAACUUUGUUCGAUCAACGGCUGUUCAACACCACCAAAGGCAUGGACUCGGGAUAUGGGGACGAUGAGGCGUACAAUGUGUAUGAUAAGCCAUGGCGUGAUUCCAAUACGAUGGGUGCGCACAUCUAUCGGCCCAGCAAGCAGGCGGAUAGUGACAACUAUGGCGGCGAUCUGGACACCAUUGUCAAUACAAAACGAUUUGUUCCCGACAAACAAUUUUCGGGUGCCGGUGGCUCAAGGGAUGCGGGUGGCGCUGCAGCUCAACGCAGUGGUCCCGUCGAGUUUGAGAAGGAGGAGGAUCCAUUUGGCUUGGAUAAGUUCUUGAAUAUGGCCAAAAAGGCGCCUAAACGUGCAGACGAGAAGAACGAACGUGGCAGCCAUUCAGAUCGCAAGCGCAGUCGACGAGAUUAGAAGAGUGAAGAGACACAGCUAUACAAAUGCCUAGAAUUUUGUUUUUUUUUCGUAGGGGCUUCUACUCCCGCAACUACUUCCCAAAAUCCAUAUAAAUAUAUAUAUAUAAACACACACAAACUUAAA